UGUGGAGACUGUGAGUGGCCUGCGGGGGCAGCAGAGCGCUGGUGCGGCUGCAGUGCUGCAGAAGAAGACUUGGCUGUAGCAGUGAGCGGUGUUGCUGUGAGAUUAAAGAGAGAAAGGUUUCCACAGAAACUACAGAAAAGCUUUAAAGUCCACGAUUAUAAAGGGAGCCUUUAGAUCGUCUGGUUCCUAUCACCACCACCACCACCACCACUCUGGACAAUUCUGACUCGUGUUGUUAUCUGGGGCUUCAGGACUGAAGAGCUGCAGUUUCACUGAACCUGGUCCAUGAAUGAGACCUGAGAAAUGUUCCCAGACUUGAACAGCAUCCUCAACAGCAGCCCAGACAGCUUCAGAGAAAGAGAAUUCAUCCUGCUGUCUGACAGGCAGGCAGAUGCUUCUUUCCUCAUUCAUCACUACCUCACCUUCUACUUGAAGGCUCGCUGUAAAGUGUGCUUUCUGGGUCUUGUACAGUCCUUCAGUCAUUACAGUGUUGUGAGUCAAAGGCUGGGGGUGAAUCUGACCCAGGCGAAGGAGAAGGGUCAACUAGUUUUUCUUGAAGGACUAAAAGCUUCUCCUGGAGUCCUACUGAACGAGGACACCAGCGAUACGACCCACACGUUUGAUUAUCUCAGGUCUCCGUGUGCUGAGCUCAGAGGUCUGUUUGAGUUUGUGUGUAAGUCACUGAGUCAGAGUGGGGAUGAGGCUGGCAGCGAGCCGUGGGCUCCUCCUGUCCUGAUUAUAGAUGACCUCAGUGUUCUGCUGAGUUUAGGUGUCAGCGCUGGAGCCAUACUGGACUUCACUCACUACUGCCAGGCCACCAUCUGCUCCCAGUUACAGGGUUCUCUAGUAGCUCUGGUGCGAUGUGACGAUGAGGAGUGGGAUGAAGAUGAGGAAAACUCCAGCUACCUCCUGAAGGCUCUCACUCAUCAGUGUAGCCUGUCUCUGCGUGUGGAAGGGCUAUCCACAGGCUACUGCAGGGACAUUCAUGGACAGGUGGAGAUCUGGCGCCGAGGGAGAGCCGAGGAAAACCAGCGGAAGGUUUUUCAGUACAAAGUGCACGACAAGGGGGCGUCCUUCUUUGCACCAGGGACUUCGAGAGCAGUCCUUUAACAGUUUCACCAACUGAUGGACUUGUUCUACUCCUCUGACAUUAUGCUCAGCCGUCUCCGAGCUCACUCUGUCACUGCGGUCAUUUAUGGUUUUAUGUACAGCACUGUGUAUGAAUCGGCCAUAAAAACUGUUUCAAACUGUU